AUGAGUACCACAGCUCGACCAAUUGUUCUAGUCCUUGGAGCCGGCGCUGGCAUCGGCGCCAACGUCGCAUCCUGUUUCGCAGACGCAGGAUACGCUGUUGCCCUGGCGGCCCGAAGCCUCCCUACUUCCAAACAAAAUCCCUCACGUUUGGAAAUCCAUGCCGAUCUAUCACAACCGAGCGUCAUCCCGGCCAUAUUCAGCACCGUGGAGAAGGAGCUCGGAGAGCCUCCAAGCGUUGUAAUAUACAACGCGGCUUCGCGCACGUUAGCCCAGGCCGACGACCCUCUAGGAUCCAUGCCACUCGAAGACUACCACAGGGAUAUGACAGUCGGCCUGCACAACGCCGUCGCAGCUGCCCAAGAGGCCGUUCGCGGCUUCAAGACCCUCCCGAAGUCUCGCGCCACGACGUACAUCUACUCGGGCAACAAGCUCAACGUCAUGUCUGACCCGAAGACAUGGCCAUUCGGCAUCGCACGCACGGGCAUGGCGCACUUCAUCUGGGAUUGCAGCGUGGCGUAUCAGGAGAAGGGGUACAGGUUCUAUUUCACCGACGAGCGACUCAGUGAUGGGUCUCCGUCUCGUGAGCUGAUGGAUCCGGUCGAGCGCGCCGCUGUGUAUCUGCGUCUGUGUAGGGCGGAGUCGCAACUGCAGUGGCAUUAUACGUAUGUUAAGGGGAGGGGUUAUGUUGAUUUUCGAGGGGUGGAUGAUCCGUGGGCUGUGAAAGGAUCAUGA